UAAAUCCAGAGGGCGACAAUGCGAUAGUGCGAAAGUUUGAUGGCGACAAUGCGAUAGUACGAUGGCGACAAUGCGAUAGUACGAUGGCGACAAUACGACAACGCGAUAGUACGAUGGUGACAAUGCGAUAGUACGAUUACAACAGUGCGACAAUACGAUGGCGACAGUGCGAUAGUACGAUUGCGACAAUGCGAUAAUACGAUGACGACAGUGCGACAAUACGAUGGCGACAGUGCGAAAGUGCGAUGGCGACAAUGCGAUAGUGCGAUAAUACGAUGACGACAGUGCGACAAUAAGAUGGCGACAAUGUGAUAGUACGAUGGCGACAAUGCGACAUUGCGAUAAUGCGAUGGCGACAGUGCGACAAUACGAUGGCGACAAUGCGAUAGUACGAUGGCGACAAUGCGAUGAUACGAUGACGACAGUACGAUAUGACUAUCGCAUUGCCGCCAUCGUUAUAUCGCGUUGUCGCAUUGUCGCCAUCGUGCUAUCGCAUCGACCCCGUCUGGAUUUUAAUGUGUAAUAACGAUGGCCCUAACGGUAUUCCGUAUCAAUGCCAGCAUACUCGGCGAGCCACCGGACCAAUCGUUUGGUCUAAUUUAUGCCACAAAUCGCCCUCUGAUCCAGAGUGCAACCGUACGCUACACUGAUAUAAACAAGUUUGUCAGUCAAGAGAGUGGGAAAGAGAUAAGCGAUGCUGCGAUUCCUUGUGUGUUUACUCGUGUUGGUAAAAGGCGUUCACAGUGGUCGUCUUCAGGUGCAGGGGAGUAACCUUGUCAAAGAUGGUCAACGCGUGUUCUUGUCAGGCACGAACCUUGCAUGGGUGAACUACGCCCAGGAUUUCGGACACAAUCACUACAGUGGUGUACGAAGCAAAAUGGAGCAAAUCCUUAACGAACUGCACGCGUCUGGUGGAAACUCCAUUCGAAUCUGGCUGCAUAUAGAGGGUCAGACAACACCCGAGUGGACCAAUGAUGGUCACGUGUCUGGAAUGGACGCCACCCUCGUCAGCGACUUGCGCAGUUUUCUCCAAUCUGCGCAACGUCUCAACAUCCUCGUGUUUAUCGUCCUCUGGAAUGGAGCAAAAAACGAACAGUAUCACUACAGGUUAAAUGGCCUGAUUGUGGAUACCAACAAACUCCAGAGCUACAUAGACAAGUGCCUCCAGCCAAUGGUCCAUGCCCUUAAAAACGAGCCCGCCCUUGGUGGCUGGGAGAUCAUAAACGAACCGGAAGGGGAAAUGAUACCCGGUCACCAUGACAGCAACCCUUGUCGCGACACCAGUGCGCUGGAAGGAUCUGGUAUGGGAUGGGAGGGCAGGUUGUAUACGGCAGACCAAAUACAAAGGUUCAUUAACUGGCAAGCAGACGCGAUUCGAAGAGAAGACCCGGGUACCAUGGUCACGGUUGGAACGUGGAACCCCAAGCCAAAUACGGACAGAUUUGGCUUCAAGAACCUGUACAAAGACUCGUGUCUGAUUGAUGCAGGUGGGAGAAGUCAGGGUACAUUGACCUUCUAUCAGGUGCAUACGUACUCCUAUCAGGGACAUUGGGACGGUUAUUCACCAUUUCAGAAACACUACAAUGACUACGGAUUGGACAAACCCCUGGUCAUCGGAGAGUUCCGUGAGUCGGAGGCGGCCGGUUUGAAGAUCACUGACCUCUACAACUACGCGUAUUACUAUGGUUACUCUGGCGCGUGGGGCUGGCAUGCCAUCGAAAACAACUGGGGAAACAUCCGGACUGGUAUCGAGUGGUUGAGAGGGAGGAAUGACCAGCAGAAAGGCGGUCUCGUUAAUUUCCGUGUUUAAUGGAUAAAUAAAGUUGGAUAAAAAAUAA